AUGGGGCACAGAGCAGAGGAUCCUUUCACCCUUAGAGGGAGUGAAGAUAACCCAUUGUUUAUGUCAUUCUUAAAGUAUUAUCAUGAAGAAGUAAGGACAGACCGGAAGACGGAGGCUUACCUCACCAGAUGUGAUUUUAACAACAAUUCAAGGCCAUUUUGUGACUGGACCCAACCUUGCAAUGUGAACCAGGGGCUCUGGAUACGAACCAAGCAUGACACUCCAACUGAUGGAACAGGUCCCAGUGGAGACUAUCCCGAUGGAAAUGGCUAUUUCAUCUAUCAAGAAGCAAGUAAUCUGAUCCCAUUUGACACUAACAGACUUGAGAGUCCAUAUAUUGUGGUAUCUGAAAAUAUUUGCAUAGACUUCUGGUACUACAUGUUUGGGUCAGAAGACCUGAAUGAGCUGAGAGUGCUUAUCCAAGAUACAGGAGGGGAAUUUGUCAUUUGGAGUCGGAAGGGAAAUCAGAGUUCCUCAUGGAUAUAUGGUGCUGUUACUCAUAAUUUUUCAACACAGAGAACAAUAAAGGUCAUUUUUGAAGCUGUCCGGGGACUGACAGAGUAUGGGGACACAGCACUGGACAACGUGGGAGUAAGGGAUGGGUUCUGUGGUGCAGUUUCCACUCCUGCGCCACCAACAUCUACACCAACAAUACCUCCAGUGAUCCUUCCAGUGACAGCAAUUUGCAGUAUAUAUGGGGACCCUCACUAUUACACAUUCGACAAGCAGCGUCAUGAUUUCAUGGGCACCUGCACCUACACCCUCUCCAAGCUGUGUGAGAGCAACAGCUCCCUGCCCUACUUCAAUGUGGAAGCAGCCAACGAGUACAGGGGAAGCAACACGCGUGUGUCCUAUGUUCGAUACGUGGACAUCGAUGUCUAUGGCUUCAGGAUCAAUCUGGGUCAAAACAGAGUUGUUACGGUUGAUGGAGUCAGCCAGGUGCUUCCUGUGACCCUGGUACACAGUGUCAGUAUUUCUAUCAGUGGGCAGUAUGUUGUGGUUACUACUGAUUUUGGACUGAUGGUCAAGUUUGAUGGAGAUCACAGAGCAGAAAUCACUCUUCCCAGCACCUACAUGUCUAAAGUCUGUGGAAUUUGUGGGAAUUAUAAUGGACACAAAGCAGAUGACUUCCUUAACCCAGAUGGAGAGAUGGAAACAAACUCGGUCAAUCUUGGAAACAGCUGGCAGGUUUACAAUGAUUCCAGGUGCGUGCCAGAUGAUGGUCAUACUCCAAAUUGCACUACUGAUGAAAAACAAAUGAUCCAAACACCGGCCUGCCUAGCCAACAGCCACUACGAGUCAUGCGCAGCAGCGUGCCCAGCUACCUGUGUUGACCCAACAGCGCCCUACAGCUGUGGCCUGCCGUGCGUGGAGGGCUGCGUGUGUGACAGCGGGUACCUGCUCUACAAUGACCGCUGCGUGCCCAGCCAGCAGUGCGGCUGUUGGCACAACGGGCAGCACUACCCCGUGAACUCGGAGUUCUGGACGGACAACACCUGCUCCUCCAAGUGCACGUGUCCAGGGCGCGGGAGCAAAGUGCAGUGCUCCGAUGCCUCGUGCCCGGCAGACCAGUACUGUGGGGUGCAGAACGGGAAACCCGACUGCUUGCCGUACUCUUACGGCAUCUGCCACAUCCACGGGGACCCUCACUACAACACCUUUGACAGUGUGACGCACGACUUCAUGGGCAACUGCACCUACACUCUGGCCAAAGUGUGCUCCAAUGGCACCUCGCUGCCCUACUUCAAUAUUGAGGCCAAGAACGAGCAGCGUGGCAACCCCACGGUGUCCUACGUGCGUGAAGUCCUGGUGGAGGUGUACGGAGAACGCAUUGCGAUUGUCAAGAACGAGCGGAGCCAAGUGCUGGUGAACGGGGAGCGCCGGACCCUGCCGGUGAGCGCAGCGGGAGGCGCCAUCAGAGUGAGCGUGAGCGGCCUCUACAUCGUGCUGGAGACGGACUUCGGCCUGACAGUGUCCUAUGACGCCGACCACUCGGUGGAGGUGAAGGUGCCCACAACCUACUUCAACCUGACGUGUGGCCUGUGCGGGAACUUCAACAGCCUGCAACAGGACGACUACAUGAUGCCCAAUGGGCAGCAAGCCGCCAACUCCAACGAGCUGGGAGAGAGCUGGAAGGUCCCCAGUGGGGACGAUGACCUCUACUGCCGUGUACCCGAGGAGCCUGAACCCUGCAACUCUGAAGAGGAGGAGCUCUACCAGUCGGACGUCUUCUGCGGCCUGCUGACCGCCAGGCCGGGCUCCUUUGAGAACUGCCAUGCCGUGAUCAACCCGCAGAGCUACUUUGAUGCGUGCUUGUACGACCUUUGUGCCCUGAGCGGUGGGCAGGAGGUGCUGUGCGCUGCUCUGGAGGCCUAUGCUGCCGCGUGCCAGGGAGCAGGCGUGACUCUUCUGCCCUGGAGGAAUGCCACCUUCUGCCCUGUUGCAUGCCCUUCCAAUAGUCAUUACAACCCAUGUACUGGUGCUUGUCCUGCAACUUGCCUUGACCCUCUUGCACCUAAGAACUGCAGUCGACCUUGUGUGGAAGGAAAGGAGAAACUUUUUGGCAGACAAACUGUGCAGGCCAAUGUCUAUGUUCUGGAAAUAACACUUUAUUUUGCAAUUCAGACACAUGCCAACACCUGCCACAUUUUUGGGGAUCCACAUUAUAUAACCUUUGAUGGCAGACUGUAUCAUUUCCAAGGAGACUGCAAUUAUACAGUUGUUGAGACCUGCACAAAUUCUUCUGAGUGGUUUUCAGUGACAUCCAGAAAUGAACAUAGAGGAAAUCCAAACUGGACAGCCUUGAACUCCAUUGCUUUCACACUGAAAGAUCUUCACAUUGUUGUGAAGAAAAACAAGGAGACCUAUGUGAAUGGAGUCCAGGUUCAUCCUCCUGUGGAUUUGAAACAUGGAACUAGAGUAAUGUUAAAGGAACGCUAUGUGGUCAUUGAUACCUCUGUAGGGAUCCAGGUGAAGUUUGAUGGUGACCAGGAGCUUUUUAUUCAGGCUGAUGAAAGUCUCAAAGGAAAGCUGUGUGGUCUGUGUGGGACAUACACUGACAACCAGCUGGAUGAUUUCCUAAAACCAGAUAAAGUCCUGGAACAGGAUCCAAAUAAAUUUGGUGACAGCUGGGCAGUAAAAGAUGAUAGCUGGAUGUGUAAUCCGAUUGCUGUUGUACCACCCACCUGUGAUGCAGUGAAAGAGAAAGAAUAUGAAGAACUCUGCAAAACCAUUUUGAAUAGUAGUGGGCCUUUUGAAGUCUGUCAUUGGUACAUUCCUCCUCAGCUCUACUUCGAGAGCUGUGUCUAUGAUCUGUGUGCUACAGAGGGAAAUUCUGAACAGUUUUGCAAAAUUUUAGAGGCGUAUGCUGCUGCCUGUGAACUUGGAGGUGUAAAUCUGGGUGACUGGAGAAAAGACACCAUCUGUGCUGCCCCAACUGCUUGCAAUUUGUCCUGCACAUUUGAGGUCGACUUCUGUGAGUGGGAACAGGCAGCCAAUGAUGAUUUCGACUGGAUAAGGCACAAGGGGGCAACACCCUCACCAGAUACCGGCCCUUCCUAUGACCACACGACAGGCGAUGGCUAUUAUAUCUACCUGCAAGGGAAUGAGAACAAAGAAAGUGAUGUAGCCCGCUUGGUCAGUCCAAUAUGCAAUUCAGAAGGACCGCACUGCUUCCGCUUCUGGUAUCACAUGUACGGAGUGGCUGAAACAAUGGCCCUGCGAGUGUAUGUAGUUCACAACGAAACAUCAGUCCUGGAAUGGAAAGAGACUGGAAAUCACGGGGACAGAUGGAACUUGGGACAAGUCACAGUGCAAAGCACAGGAAACAUGAAG